ACGAAAAGCGUCGUCGGGCGAGCGCCCUUUUGCGCUAUGCGAUGGUCGCUGAUCCCCCUUGCGGCGGUUAGUGUUUCUGGCAGGACCUGGCCUGCGACCCUGGACCAGUACCUGAAAAUCCCUGAGCAUAAGGAGAGCGAGAAGGAGCUGGAUGAGGAGGACGCAGCCAUCCUUGACGGGAUCUACGCUGUGGAGCGGGAGGAGAGCAAGCACCACAAGGGCAGGGUGAUCUUGUACCACGCUCUCUCCUUCUACAUUUACUUCUUGGGCUGGGUUUGGCGCAGCGUGGACCUGCCGCACGACAUCCCCUGGACACGGCUGCCUUUGGUUUCAGCCUACCCCAUCGGCCAGGUUCCUCUGAAGCUGCGCACCUACAAGGAUUCGAUAAUCCCGUACUUCGCGGGCGACGCCCGGCUGUGCACCUGCACCUUGAACACGGACGUCUUUGACGCGGACGCCGCCGCGGCCAAGGAGCUGGGCCAGGGUAAGGUGAGAAGCGGCCGACAUUGGGAUGAAAGCGGCUGUGCCACGCUGGUGGUAAGCUACAAGGAAGGGGCUCCGAUGUCCUACGAAAGGGGACCGGACGGAUGCUUCCAGCUGAACAGCGUCCAGGGUCUCGAGGGCUUGCGCUUCGCGGCGAACCUCACCGAGGAAGCCUUGGGCCGGCCCUUUGACGCCUCCCACUUCGCCCAGAAGCUACUGGACCUGAACCUCGCCAAGGCCAAGCUGGUGCCUGACCACACGCCGGGGAUCAGAGAGCGGGUCAUGUCCACCAACCUGAACCUUUUUGGCAACUACAAGGCCGGAUGGGCCGAGAGCAGCUGGGAGAUCUUUCGCCGGCCCACCUCUUUGGGAUCCUUCGGCCUGGGGGGGGCCGUGCCCUUCUUGAAGGACAUCUACCGCGCAACGGGCCUGGCCAAAGAGUUGCAGGACAUCAUGGAGAAGCAGAUGAACCUCAUGAGCUGCAUCGUGGAAAGCCGAUCGCGGGAAAGACCCAGCUUUCCGUGCCGGCUCUUGCUUGAGAGGAGGCGGGGCUUCGUGAGCGCGGCCACGGACAUGGCCUUGGACUUUCUGCCGGAGUGGCCGCCUCCUUUGACGCCAAACUGCUCCAAGCACAUCCGCGGACAGUCCCCCGACCGAAAGACCUGCGGCACGAACGUGUUGCUGCAACUGGUGCUGAAGCGAGAUGUCGUGACGCGCCGGGUCUACAUCAGCAAGGCCGGCGGCUUGCCCAACAAGGACUGGCAGGACCGCUUUCUGGAAGCGUACGACCAGAUGAAAAACCGUGCUGGUGGCGAUGACCUCCAGGCGCGCGUGGUGCUGCGCUCGGACAUCUUCGGGGAGACUUUGGGCACCACCUUUGCGGCUCACAGCUCGGUCUUCCGCGACGAGAAGCUGAUGCAUUGCCUCUCCAGCCUCGCGGCGGACAUCCGCGAGACGCUGCUGAAGCGGCCCGUCAGCACCCCCGACGCGCCCAGCGGCACCACGGCGAAAACGGCGGAGUGGCCAUCGCCCGACCUCCCACCGCCGGAGAAGCAGGGCCUGGGAUUCUUCCAGACCGUCAGGAUCUUAGCCAUCGGCUCUCUAGCGCUGGGGGGUCUGAGCAUCUGCCUCGUGCAAGCACGGCGCGCGGUGCAGCGCGCCUCGCGCGUGCCGCGGAGCAUCGAGAUGCAGAGCGUCUCGGGGGCGAGUCUCACCUGAGGUAAUAAUAUUGUUUAGUCA